AUGGAUGAAGAAAUUGCAACAAUUGAAAAAAAUGAUACAUGGGUGCUGGUAGAUCUACCUGAAGGCACAGAUGUUAUUGGACUUAAAUGGAUCUACAAACCCAAGUACAAAGAAAAUGGAGCAAUUCUAAAGUACAAAGCACGGCUAGUCGCCAAAGGCUAUUCGCAACAGCCAGGAAUCAUGGAGCUCUUCUUGAGUAGUCAUGGUAUUGCACAAGCUUAUGGGCUUGAACUGCAUCAUGGUUUGAGGGCAAUCGCUUGUGGGAAUAAUAAAGAUCAAAGUAUUAUUAAUACCUUGAGGAAUAGUGCCAGAGAAGAAGAAGUCUUUGAAAAAGUUGCAAAUAUAGCUGCCAAUGAGGUGCCAAUAUUUUUGAAAAAACACAGCAGGAAAGCCAUCGAUGCAUGGAGCCUUCCAAGUACCAAUAUUAAAAAGAACACUCUUGAUUUCCUAGUCUUUAAUAUUGUGAUUAAGAGCUCUUAA